AUGGAGAAGCCAGAACUAAACUCAAUAACAAUCGGCGCUCUACCGCCGGAAAUUCUUAUCGACAUCCUUUGGAGACUGCCCGUCAAUUCGAUUUGUUCCAUGAGAUGUGUAUCUAAGGCCUUUUUAAAGACGGUUGACGACCCCUCUCUUGCGACAAUGCACAUGCGGCGUCGUUUUCUAACUAGUUCUACUACUACCACUGAAGUUCCUCGACUUGUUGUUCUUGAUGAGUCUCCUUUUCAUCAACAUGACACGUUGUAUCCAUUGAAAUACAACGGCAAAAAAUUAUUGACAAAGAGCAAACAGGCAAUUGUUUCCUAUUUCGGAUCCAGACGACGUUUCUAUUCAGCUGCAUUUGUUUUCUGCAACUUGUUUGGCUUUACUGGUCAUAAUCCCGAGCAUGGAAGGUCAUGCUUUAGGGGUCUUAAUCUGGAGCAUGGGAGGUCAUGCUUGUUGGUGAAUCCUUUCAGGGGAGAAGUUCUAAUUCUCCCAUCAGCAAGUGACGUCCAAGUUCCAUCUAAUAGUCCCAGCGAUGUUGAUUGGUAUGGCAUGGGAUUUGAUAAUAUAACAUGUAGCUUCAAGAUUGUUCGUGUUUCCACCAAUAAAAAAGAUUACUUGGCAGCCGAAGUUCUUGUAUUGGGUACAAGCUCAUGGCAGAAAUUACCUACAGUUCCUCCUUGCAUUCCAACCUACAAGUCCGCAUAUGCACAUGGACACAUGCAUUGGUUGGUCCAUGGAGAUGACGGAUCAUCCGUACGUAUACUUUCUUUUGACUUUCAGAAGGAAGAGUUCUAUUUAACACCUCCUCCUGCCUCCUUGGGUAAAAAUCCAGAUCUCUGGAAAUUUCUUCACUUGCUUAAUUUCAAGGGAUCUUUGGCACUAGUGAAUCUUUCUUCACUUGAAGAUAGACAUCUGAAGAUAUGGGGAAGAAAAUCUGUUGAGAUAUGGGGAUUGAAAAAUUACGAUAACAAAGCGUGGGAGCUAAAUUAUAAAUUCGAUUUGAAACAAGAUCUUUUUGCACCUUUGAAGCCUACUAGUCUUUCUAAGUGUGGCGAAUGGGAGCACGGCAUAUUUUUCAAUGACGAGAGUGAUUGCAGUACAACUACAUUCUUUGUGGAUCUAAGACGUAUUUCUAUGAAGUGUGUACUACUCAAAGGUAAAAUGGCAAUCCAUAGUUGUACGGACAGCAUGAUUUCUCUAAAGAAUUAUGGAGAUUUGGUUGAUGCAAAAGAACCAAAGAGGACAAGAAAUGGAAUUACUGAAUUCCCCAUGUCUCAAAGAACUUGGAGGAAUAUGGUUAACGCUGCAGAAGUAAGUGAGAGAGAUUUACUUUACUUGAAAGCACAGACGAAGUCUGCACGUAUUUCUUACAAUGAGAAGGACUUGUUUUAG